AUGGAUAGCACAGAAGAAACACAGAAAAAAGUCUUUAAAGCACGAAAAACCAUGAGAGCAAGUGAUCGACAGCAACUUGAAGCUGUCUGUAAGGUUAAGGAGGAGCUGUUGAAGGCAGCUGAAGUUAAACUGCUAAACGGUAAGCAUGAGAAUGGAGAUUCUGAUUUGAAUUCCCCUUCAAGCAAUACCGACUGUACGGAGGAAAAGAAGGAAGUUAAUGGCCUAGUGGACUUGUGUGUUAACUCUGAAGAAGGAAGAACAGCUUCUGAUGAAAUCAGUGAAGCCAAAAGCCCUGAAAGUAAAGCAGUCAAUGACAUAGAACCCAAACCUGUGACUGUGUCCCCAGAGAACGUUACUCCUGAGCAAGAUAAAGAUACUGGUACUGCUUUAGCUUGUGAGAUUGAAAAUGAAGUGCAGGGUAGCAAUAAAGAUAACUUCCAUGAAGAAAAUAAUAAAGAAGAUCAUUUGGACCAAAGAGAGAGUAAUGUCCCAUCAGAAGGUGCAAGUAAAUCAGUUUGUGAGACUAGUGACCCUUCUGAAGAGAAGGGAGAAACAGAGGACUUAACUAUUAAUUCUGAUUCAUCUAGUGAUGGAAAGAGGACUGCAGCAGUAAGUGCCGAAGAUGCUGUUGGAGAAGAAGCCAUCUCCAGCAGUGUGGAAACUGAUGAGGAACCAAAGGACAAGCGAGACAGCACCACAGGUUUGUCAGAAACCACUGAACAGAAGGCAACAGAUGAGCCAAGUGAGAGCAUCUUGGGCAAUGCUGACUGCAUGGAAACGGAUGAAAUUAUUCCAAUUUUGGAAAAACUAGCUCCUGCUGAAGAUGAACUGAGCUGUUUUUCUAAAAGUUCUCUGCUUCCAGUGGAUGACACAAUCACAGAUUUAGAGGAGAAAAUAGACAGCUGCUUGAGUUCACCAUCCAAGCAGGAAAGCAACGAAAGUCUGCCGAGAGAGGCGUUCUUGGUGCUGUCUGAUGAAGAGGAUCCCUGUGAUGAGAAGGAGCAUUCUGAGGUGAUACCACCAAACGAGGCAAGUCUUCCAGAAGAGGUGGAAGAGGAGAGAGGAAAGGAAAAUUAUGAAGAUAAAGAAGUCGUCGCCCACAAAGAGCACGAGAAACCCGCAGAGAUAAGUGAAACAUGGAGGAGAAAACGUUCCAAAUCUGAGGACAUGGACAGUGUUCAUCCAAAACGCUGUCGGUACAUGGAAGAAGAUUAUGAGGCAGAACUGCAAGUAAAAAUUACAGCCAGAAAGGAUGUUGACCAAAAAAUACAAAAGAUUAUCCAGAAAUUGUUAGAAGAAAAACUUACUGCUUUACAGUGUGCUCUAUUUGACAAGACUCUGGCAGACUUGAAAGCACGAAUAGAGAGAGUAGAAUGUAACAAGAGGCAUAAAACUGUGCUUACUGAACUGAAGGCUAAAAUUGCUAGAUUGACAAGGCGGUUUGGAGCAGCCAGGGAGGACUUGAAGAAAAGACAGGAAAGUUGCCCAAAUGCACCUCCCUCUCCAGCAAAAGCAGCAGGUGACACUGUGAGCACGAGCAGCGUGCCGUACCGAAAUGCUGGCACAGUGAGGCAAAUACUGGAGUCAAAGAGGAAUGUAGCAGAGAACACACCAGCAACUUUUCAAGCUCCUGUGACUGCAAUGCCAGCUUCCAGUCUUGCUGCUCCUCCAACAGUUGUCAGUGCACAGCCUAAGCCUCAGACUCCAGUGACCUCCACCAGCAACUUGACGACAGCAGUUCUUCCCGCGGCGAACGCGGCGGCGGUGGUGGGCGCUGGCCAGGUGCCCGGCGGCAGUGCCCAGUCGGUGUCUGUCUCACUGCAGUCCUUGCCCGUCAUUUUGCACGUCCCCGUUGCGGUGUCGUCCCAGCCCCAGCUCCUGCAAGGUCACACGGGGACUUUGGUCGCUACCCAGCAGUCGGGCAACGUUGAGUUUAUAUCUGUACAGAGCUCGUCUACGAUCGGCAGCCUUACCAAAACUGCAGUGUCCUUGGCAUCAGCCAACCCAGCUAAACCAAAUAACAACCCCGCUGUGCCCGCUGCCGGCGUGCAGAGGAACUCUCCAGCCAGUGCUGCAUCCGUGGGCACGGCGUUGUCAGUACAGGCUGUUUCUGCUGCACAUCCUGUUGCCCAGACCACAAGGACUCCUUUGCCCACAGUGGGUACUCCAGGACUUUAUAAUGCUGCCAGCAGUCGAGCUCCCCUGCAGAUGAAGGUUCCCAUCUCUGCCUUUAACAGUACAGCACCUGUUGAACCACCCACCAUUACAGCACCCAAAGUUGAAAACCAGACAAACAAGCCACCAACAGAUGCUUCGGCAAACAAGCGAGCUGCUGAGGGAGCAACACAGAGCGGGAAGGUCACAGGCAGUGAGUCAGGAGGUGUCAUUGAUCUUACACUGGAUGAAGAGGAUGAUGGCUCUUCUCAAGCAGAUGGCAAGAAGCAGAACCAGACACCUGUUACAGGAUUGAGCAUAUCCACCCAGCCCCUGGCUCGACCUGCGCAGCCCCCGCAGCCCAGCCCCGUGCAGCAGACAGGUGUGCCAACAAGUGGACCUUCCCAGACCACCUUACAUGUGCUACCUGCAGCUCCGACAACAGUGAGUGUAACUCACCGGCCAGUGACUCAGGCUGCUCCAAAACUUCCCAUACCCAGAACUCCUACUAACCAUCAGGUGGUCUAUACCACUCUUCCUGCAGCACCAGCUCAGAAUCCUGUAAGAGGAGCUCUCAUGCCAAGCCCAGGUCUGAGGCCAGUCAACCCGCAGGCUGGAGGUAUGACAGUACGAAUGCCUCAGACAACCACGUAUGUUGUGAACAAUGGACUGACUCUUGGAUCUGGAGCACCCCAGCUUACAGUGCAUCACAGACCACCACAAAUGAAUGCUGAGCCCCCACGCCCCGUGCAUCCCGCCCCGCUCCCGGAGGCACCGCAGCCGCCGCGGCUGCCCCCUGAAGCCGCCAACACCUCCCUGCCGCAGAAGCCGCAGCUGAAGCUGGCCCGGGUGCAGAGUCAGAACGGCAUCGUGCUGUCGUGGAGCGUCAUGGAGGUGGACCGGAGCUGCGCCACGGUGGACAGUUACCACCUCUAUGCCUACCACGAGGACCCCAGCGCCACCAUGCCCUCGCAGUGGAAGAAGAUCGGGGAGGUGAAGGCCCUGCCGCUGCCCAUGGCCUGCACCCUCACCCAGUUCGUCUCUGGGAGCAAGUACUACUUUGCCGUACGGGCUAAGGACAUCUAUGGACGAUUUGGACCCUUCUGUGACCCCCAGUCCACAGAUGUGAUCUCAUCCCAGAACAGUUAA